GCAGCAACACAGCACACAACAGGCUUCCUCAGUUUUUUAAUCAGACUCGGGCUGUGACCGCGCAGUCACAGAAAUCCUCAGGUGAUUAAAGCGGGUCCAACUUUCCCACAGCUUUCUGUCCGGGGAGAUCUGAGGAUCACAGAGGGACAAGAUGUUGAGGCGAAGGCCAUCAAAUGCCUCAGAGAAGGAGCAGGUGCAGAAGAAGAAGCUCACCCUGCAGAGGUCCAGCAGCUUCAAGGAUUUCAUGAAGCCCAAGCCUACCUCUCCUGUUGUGUCAGAGAAGGAGUUCAGCUUGGAGGAGAAUGUAGCAGAUGGUGUGACUGCAGAGGAAGCAGUGAAAAGUGGCAGCAAACUGGGGAAGAAGUGGCGCAAUGUCAUUUCACGCACCAUGACCCGCAAAACGUCCAAGAUGGUGCAGAAGGCUUUAGCUGAAGAAGGGGGGGAGAGCGGUGAAGAGCUGUCUCCUGUCCCUUCCGAUUGGCUUCCAGAUCUGAGUGCAGGCCAGAGGACGUCGGUGUGCUCCACAGGCUCGGAGGACACCAUGCCCAGCCCCAUCAGCCGCCAGCUCUCUGGCAACAGCGACAGACAGAGCCUGGACAGUGGAUAUAGCCAGAGGGACAGCAUGCGACUGGAGGAGAAUGGCAUUGCUUACAACGGCCCGUUCUGCGGCCGCGCUGUGGUCCACACCGACUUCACCCCCAGCCCCUACGAUGUGGAUUCGCUAAAACUCCAAAAAGGGGACAUCAUCCACAUCAUCGAGAAGCCCCCCGUGGGCACCUGGACCGGGAAGCUCAACAACAAGGUGGGCUCCUUUAAGUUCAUUUAUGUGAACCUCCUGCCCGACGAAAGCCCCCCGACCAGGAGGAAACGCUGCAGCAGAAAAGCCAACCGAGCCAAAUCCAAACCCAAAUCCCUGGAGGAAGUCCUGGACAGCAUCGGCCUGAUGGAGCUGAGUUCUUUGCUGUCCAUGCAUGGUUUCCAGACUCUGGAGGACUUUGCAGGGCUGAAGGAGUCUCACCUGAAUGAGCUGAACAUCACAGACCCAGAGCAGCGCUCCAAGAUCCUGAACGCCACUGAGCUGUUGAGAGACUCUGAAGAAGAGUCAGAGCCAGAAGAGGAGGAGGGGGAGAAGGAGAAGGAGGAAACAUCUGGGGAGGACGCCAAGGAGCCGCGGGAUUCGGGUUGUUUUGAGAGCUCAGAGAAUCUUGAGAGUGUACGCGAGGAGCCAAAGAUGGAGGAAGAGGUAGAGAACCAUGAGCCGGAGUCCGAGCAGCCACAAGAGAGCCAGACGGAGCAGCUGGAGAAUGUGCAGGAGCAGCUGGAGGGGCUGACAGUGGACGAAGGAUCCUGAGACGUGAUGGACAACUUGUCAAACUUCUCUUACUCCUGGUCCUCUGGGUUUCUGUGGAUGCAGAUUUAAUCCCACUGAAAUAUCUCUUCAUGGUAGAAGAGCAGACUGUAUGAACACAAUAGUCACAUAGCCAUGGACUGUUGAGCAAGUGGCACAGUUUUGGUUGUUUCAUCUGUCCUAGCUGGACACAUUAUUUUAAAUGAAUGUUUUUUUGUAUUGUGUUGUUUGAUUUAUAAAGUUGUUUGUCAUCAUUUAUCAUAAUGUAUCUGAGCGUAAUGGUACAUAUUAAAACCAUUUUCAUGGGACGUAGUCUCUGAGACUACGUCUAAGAAUGUAAAAUACUUAAAUGUAACUUGAAUACAACUGCUGCAAGUUAUAAUGUAUAUUACAGCAGUUUUUUCAUGCUAUUAGGAUGCAGUGUUGUAAAUAUAAAAAAAUUAAAGAAAAUUUGUCAUCAA